AUGGCACUCGUUCCUUAUACGAAUGAACAACAACUCGAGGAAACCAUUGAAAUAAUCACAGAUGAGCCAUUCAACGAAAAUGGCUAUAGCUCAACUGGUGGCGUGAAAUGUGCAGGCCGAGAUAAAUAUUUGAACAUCGUAAUUGCUUCAACUUUAAAUGGAAUUCUCACCGCGCUCGAUGGAGAAACUGGCGAGCUUCUAUGGGUUCAUCGCGAUUCUCCUCUUUUGGAUGGGACACUCAGCUUGGCUGGGCCUAUCGAGGUUGGAGGAACGAGUCUUCAGUUGAUGCCAACAUUAGAUGGAAGGUUGUUCUCCUAUGCACAUCAAUCAAAUCUCAUCGAACCAUUGCCAAUCACAACUGAAUCUCUUCUUGAGUCAACUGUUCGACUUGGAAGAGAUGCUGUUGCAGGCGGUAAAAGCGUUACAACUACUGGAAUUAAUGUGGUCACUGGAGAGAUUCGUUACAAAUGCUCACCCGAUUCAUGUGCAAAUGAGCAGCAAGGCUACAGCGAAUAUCCAACUCUUUUGGUUAAGCGGAUUUCAAACUCAAUUCGCGCUAUGGAUUCAUUAGAAGGCACAGAGCGCUGGAAUCUUUCCACUGCUGAAUUGAACCUGAGUCUUGCUGGAAUUGGAAUGACGCAUCUAAACCUUCCAAAAGCGAAAUUCCUUCUACGGCCUCCUGAAGGCAUAAUCACUGCCACAACUAGAUAUGGUGAUGAGGAAUGGACAGCGAAUGUUGGGGGGCAUCUUGUUAACGUCUGGCAUGUUUAUGGGAACACCAUUAGAGAGAUUUCAUUGUUUGAUCCGCGAAACAUGUUCACCACACAAAUGGAAGUUGGCCAUCGGUUGCAUCACAAUCUACCGGAACAAACAUCAUUGUUCUAUAUGGGAACCUCUAAUGGAUACCCGUUCAUUAUUCAAAGCCCAAAGUCAAAACAAAAUUUGAAGAACAAGAUGAAGGAUGUUAAUGAAUUUGACAUGCUCAAAGAAAUAGCAGGACCAAAAUUGUGCUCGGCGAAUUCUGAGCAACAAGGAAUUACAUAUGAAGUAGAAGAUACUGCUCUUCUUGUUGUGCUGCGUAACGCCUUUGGUAAAUCGCAUAGUAAAAUGAUAGAGGACAAAUCAAGCCGAAACCAAAGGAAAACGCUGACAAUCGUUGCUCACAACGAUGAAAAUCUGAAUGAGAACCGAUGCUUUGGCAGUCAGAAGCCUGGUGUUGCCCUUAUCGGGCUUGGAAAUUUCCGUACAACGUCGCUGCUGAAAGAUGGCGACCAAGGGUUUUUGGUUCUGGACAGUCAAAGUUGCAAGCCAAUAGUCGGCAACCCGCCACUCCCGGUUAAAAUAAUGAGCAAUAUCUCAUCGUACUUCAAACACUUUUGGGCAUUUCUGAUAAGUGGAAUUGUUGGAGCAGUGUACACUUUUGCAAGACGACGCAAAUUGCGCGCAUUGGUCAAACAAAGAACGGAAUCCUCUUGCGAUGAGUCUUUGGAGUCAUCUAGUGUUCAUUCAUCAGCAAUCAUCGAGAAUGUAAUAGCAAAAUAUGAAGAAGCAAAAUCAGAACCUAACGCUUAUUUACGGAGAGAACCUCUUCGUCAAAUUACCUUUCCAUCUCAAGCUUCUCCAAAUUUCAAGGCGAAAGAUGAUAAUAUCAAGGCUGAAACUUCCGUCGAAACCGAGUAUUCCCAAGAUGAAGAAAACAAGAAGAAGCUGCUGCGAAAUCGAACCAUUUCUCGGACUAGUUUGGAAGGUUUCACCAGCAGAUUCGCCGCCGAAUUCGAAGUCAAGAAAGUCAUUGGUCAUGGGGGAUUCGGAGUGGUUUUUCGUGCGACUUGUCUCACUGAUACCACUGACUAUGCAGUUAAGAGGAUUGCAGUCGCGGAUAAUGAAAAAGCACGAAACAAAGUUCUAAGAGAAGCACGAGCAUUGGCUCGUUUUGAUCACCCGGGAAUAAUUCGAUAUUUCUUCUCAUGGGAAGAGCGACCUCCAAAAGGAUUCCAAGAGCAGGAAGAUGAGAAACUUCUUGGAAAAAUAAAGGCCGAGAAAUUAAAGAAGAUUCACGGAAUUAAAAAGAAAAAGAGGAAUAAUGUUCAGUCAAACGCCCAAUCUCCGACGAAUUCGUUUGCCGAGACGUUCGAAAUGCCUGCUGUGGUUGGGAACACGGAAAAUAACAGCUGGAAUGUUAGCGAUAAGAAAAACUCGACACAAGCACAACAUACCACUUCGGAAAAUCGAAGAGGAUUGGCUGGAACGACUGACAAGUCUGAGUCGAUUGUUUGGGAUUCAAAUUCUGGAGCGAAUCGGGUUCAUGAGUCAUCGUCAUCAUCCGAUUCGAGUGACGACGAUGAGGAAGAUGGCAACGAGCGACAACAAAGUUCAUCAUCUUCUGGACUUAUCGAGUUCGUUGAAGAGGGUGAUGGAAAAAAUUCUCCAAACAAAAUCAGCUCAGAUAUCUCGCUACAUAAUAAGGCGAUAAUAGUUGCAACUGAGAACAAUGAGCUCGAAUUGCGCGAAACGUCGAGUCCUGGUGACUGCGCUUAUCUUUAUAUUGUCAUGCAACUUUGCGAUGAGCGAACACUGGAAGAUUGGAUUCGGAAAAACUCAACGGAAGAAAGUAGGACGUUGUCUGUCAUGAAGAAUUGGAUAAAGCAGCUCGCUGAAGCUCUGGAAUAUCUUCAUGACAAAGGGUUCAUUCAUCGAGACCUCAAGCCCGGAAAUAUAUUCUUCUCAUCGGACUCAAAGCCAGAAAAGAAAAUUUUAAAAAUCGGAGAUCUUGGAUUAGCAACAAACAACAAAGGAAAAUCAUUGAUCAAUUCUGGGCAAAUCGCAUCCAAUUCGAAACAUACAAGGAAUGUUGGAACUCGAUCUUACAUGUCACCAGAGCAGCUGAAUAAUGCCAGCUACUCGGAAAAAAUUGACAUUUUCGCGUUGGGACUUGUUGCGACUGAGCUCAUCAUUCCUUUUGCAACAGCGAUGGAACGAAUUGAUACGUUCACAGCGUAUCAGAAUGGAACAGAACCACCCAUUCUCAAAGAUUAUCCAAAGGAGAAGGAUUUCAUGCUUCAACUGACGAAUAUCGACGCAUCCAAGCGGCCCUCGGCAAAAGACGUCGCCGAAAACAAAUUUCUUGCCUAA